AUGUCUGCUCCGCUAGCCAACGUCGGCAUACUGUCCAUUGGGAGCAUGGGCUUGGGCAUAGCCAAUUUGCUCCAGGCCCACAACUACCGCCUCGUCCCACAAUGCGACUACAUCCUUUCCAUAGUCCCUCCUCGAGAUGCUGUAGUAACCGCCAGCCGCAUCAUCAGCGCUCUCAAUUCGUCGCCAGCUCCACGACCAACCUCUGGCCACCCCCUCUACUUCCUUGGCCUCAACGCGAUUUCGCCUUCUACUGCUCGCGCUAUCAAUGCUACCUUUGAGUCCCAGACUCCGGCGUUGCGAUUUGUAGACGGCGGCAUCAUCGGCGGCCCGCCCUCGCUUGCCUCAGACUCGACCUGGAAACGUCCUGGCAUACCUAUCUCUGGCCCCCACGCCCUCACUGCAGCCCCAGUCAACGGCAAGCAUCUUGCAGAUACGCUGAAUACCGAAUACGUAUCCCCUACAAUUGGCUCUGCGUCCGGCUUGAAGUGCUGCUUUGCGUCAAUAAACAAGGGCAUUGCCGCUCUCGCCCUACAGUCCUUUAGCACAGUAUCCUCGCUAGAGGUCCUGCCACACAUGCAGAAGUAUCUCGAGGAAUACAGUCCGGCGGUAGAGCACCAGCACCACGACCAGCACCUCCGCCGCGACCGCGACCACGACCACCUUGUCCUCCACCAGGGCCUCCGGUAA